CCGCCACCGCCAGGUUUUUAUUUUUAUUUUUAAUCAGUUCUUCACCUCCCGCCUCUUUUCAUGGGCUUAUUUAUUCUACACAGUCUUUAGAUAUUGAUCGAAUUUUCUGUUCUUUUCUAUCCGUGGAAUUAUCAUGAAGAAAGCCUAUUAAUUACUGAAUUCAGCUGAAUGCUUGCCACAACUCAGAAUACCACAAUAAAUAUGAUUCUACUAGCAAGCACUGUUUCUGGCUCAAUCCCAGGAAACCAACUUAUUAAUUCAUCAAAACAGAGGCCAAGCAGUCGUUCUUGUGUUGUAAAUUCAGCAGUUGCGAUGACAAAUGAAGUUAAAAGAAGUUGUGAGUUUUAUGACAUGCAUAAAGAACUCAUUCCCUAUGCUGAGGCAUGGUCUUGGCAGAAGGACAUAGUUAAAAAGAGGAAGGAAUUGAUCGAAAGGGAAAAAGACUGUUCAGACACACUGAUCAUUUUGCAGCACCAUCCUGUUUAUACAUUGGGUACUCGUAGUUCUGAGGCAUACUUGAAUUUUAGCAUGAAAAAUGCGCCCAUUAAUGUAUAUCGAACCGAACGGGGAGGCGAAGUUACAUACCAUGGACCUGGACAGCUAGUGAUUUACCCAAUAAUCAAUCUCCGAUAUCACAAAAUGGAUCUUCAUUGGUACCUCAGGGCACUUGAAGAAGUUGUUAUUCGUGUUCUUUCCUCAACAUUUUUCAUUAAAGCUUCACGUAUUGAGGGCCUAACUGGUGUUUGGGUUGGAGACCAAAAACUGGCAGCUAUUGGUAUAAAAGUGUCACAGUGGAUAGCAUACCAUGGAUUAGCAUUGAAUGUUGCCACAGAUCUGACAGCAUUUGGUCAAAUUGUCCCUUGCGGUAUUCAAGAUCGUCAAGUUGGAAGCAUAAAGGGUCUGUUGCAGGAACAUGUUUCACCUAAUCAACGUGGAGCUGAAAACAAGUAUGACAUUGAUGAUAACCAGCUGAUUGAUAUUACUCACAAAUCUUUGGUUCAAGAGUUUUGCAAAAUUUUUCAAGUUCACCUCCGUCAUAAGCCUAUCCCAGCAGGAAUUGCCUGGGAAAGGCCUGAGGUUUUACAUUCCAUAACUGAAAAAGGAGACUAAAAGAACAUGAAGGAUGCACCAGAGAGAUAGGAGUCUAAUAAAUGGGAUGAUGAAUCUUUUCUGCAAAUAGCCAUUGGAGCGCAAAAUUGCGUGACAGAAUUUACAUGAUUCUCGAGGAUUGUAAUGGCAAUACAUUUGCACAUCUGCAGAUGCCCUUGAUGACUGCCUGAAAUUGAAAGAGUUUGAGUUGGCUGGAAUCAGAUUUGCUCCAAUGCCUGUUCAAGAAGAAGAGCUAACUAGGAACCAGAGUAUGAUCUAAAAUAUGUAGUUUACUUGGCUGACUUGGGGAUAUAGCCUCUGCCUUGCCCUCGAGUACUUGUUUCCUGGAGGCAUCGACUUCUGUAUCCUUCAAGGUGUGUUGUGAUGGCAAAAGUUGAACCCCACUGACGGGAAGCUUUGAGAGAUCUCAAUUCAAACUGUCAAAAAGCAAUAUGGUUCAAAAUUGGUGGCAGGAACCCAUAAAAGAAAUUUAGCAGAUUUUGAUUAUGUACUGCAAUUGGACAAGGGGAGCUGGGUAUGUUGAUCAGUUCAACCAGGAUUCAGACAGUCUUGCUGGUUGAAACUUUGUAAAAAAUCUUGGCAUUUCAGUUGGAAUUGUUUCCUUGUUAACGGUUGGAAAUCUUAGAGUUCAGUUGGAAA